AUGCGAACGUCGCUCGUAUGGCUCAUUCAUGCGCUUCUUUCGGUCGCUGGCCCUGUUUCUUCGCCUGCCAUGCAUCUUGACCAUCAUAUCUGCACAGAAAUUGCUCGAUCCUUGAGUGAAGCUAUUGCUACGUCUUAUGACCGCUUGCCAAUGUUUCCAGUCUCACCAUCUGCGCCACAUCACGAAGCUUGGGUGUAUGAACGCUUCCCUGCAUCCACUGUCCGUUGGCCAGUCUCAACAUGUUAUGAAUCAUCUGCGUUGGGUACAUUCAUCGACUCACUUUGGCUUAUCCAAAGCAUUUGGUGCAUUUGCUCGUCCUGUAUCAAGCCUGACCCGCUUGCUGACCAGCUCGACAUUCUUGUCACAUCCGUUCUUGAGCAGUUCAAGACUUUGUUCGUGCAACCCUGCUUACAGCGCGCAUUGGAUAAAUGUUAUGCAGCAGCAGAAUCGAUGUGUGCCAUGCUCUACUAUACAGACAUCCUUUACUCCGUGCUGGAGCCAUGCACACCUCUUUCUCGGUGCUUGUGGGUCCAAAAUGAUGAGCGAUGUUUCGCCGAUAUUAUCCAUAAAGGUUUGCAAGACUCAUCGUCUCAUACGCUGGCUUAUGCAUUGCGUGCGGCACAAACAUGGUCCCGGUGGACUUCGUGGCAUGAUGCAACUCCCGGGACUCGCCCGCUUUCUGAGCCUCAUUCGUGCAUGGCAUUUUCUCUUGUCGCGAUGGCCGAACAAUUACAGGUGCCCAAGAACCGUGCAUCAUUCUCGCAUCGAUUUCUCAUGCACCUCACGUCCGUGGAGCAAACGAUGCGUGACGAUCCCAUGUAUUACGAUGUACCGGGCACGAACCGUCGCUCCACAUACAAACCGCUAGAUGUAUUUCAACCGCAUAUUGGACCCGGGGAGUACUUUCUACAGCCUCUGACAAAGCUGCUUCGCCACUGGUUUUCUGCUCCUCUUGAGCAGAAUAUACGUGUCAUUGACGCAUUUGCAUCGCUGUGCCGCUCGCCCUUAUUGAACAUUGACGGGCUGCUCCAUGCUGACAGUACAACGCCUCCUAUCCUUACUUUCUAUCUGUACAUGCUCUACAAUCAAUGCCUUGAUUUUCAUCAUCACAUGCCCGACUUUUCGUUUUAUUUGAGCCAGCGCAAAGUCCAGUGUCUUGGUACUCCACUUCCUGAAAAGUACCAACCAGAUUACCACAGUGCGUGUCCCCUCUUUCAUUCCCUGUGUCCGGAGAGUGGUAUUGACUCUAUGGAACAGUCAUUCCGUCAGGCGAGCUGGAUACCGCCAGACUUGUCUCACACGACCUCCUUCACCAUACGCACUUCAACCAGUGAUCAGUCACAAGUCUCUACGUCGUCUCUUGAUGGCGCGCUGCACAUUGUCGUGUCUGUGUCUCCAUGCAGUGCGCCAGCUUCAGGUCCAUGGUACGACCCCGCAGUAUAUGGUGUUGAAGAUGUGCCUCUUGUAAAUAUCUUGGACAAUGUCAUCCUGCUAGAGGAGGUGCUCCUCGAAAUGGCCUGUACUGCUUCAUUGCGUCACGCUUGGGGCAUCGACAGGCCGUGCAGCCAUUCGUGA